AUGGAGGCCCUGUAUCCGAAGAAGACACAUCGCAGAUCCCGAUCUUCCAAACAGAAGUCCACUGAGACGAUUGGGAGCAUAGUUCCUGGUAGAGCUCCUAUUUUUUUUGUUACGACGCGGUCUGGGUCCAUGGACUCUGAUAUCUGUGCCAAGGAUGAUGAUAUUGAUGAGAAUGGUGAUGGUGAAGAUCAUGGGCUUGUUGUUGCAGCUACCACCACGUCACCAACAAUAGAAAACAGUGACAUUUGUCUCUCAGGCAAUGAAUUAAAACAAGCAGGCCUGAUGACAACACCAGCUGAAGGAAUUCCUGUGAAGAGUUGUUUUCAAAAGCAGUGUACAAAACAACCUGCUGUCCCCACUAACAACCCUUCUUCUAUAACACCCCCUGAGACUAUCUCCUCCCCAUGCGAAAUUUCUCCCACUACCAACAGGGAAAUUCCUACUAUAUGCCCUCCAUCUUCUACCUUCACUACGUCUGAGCCUACUAUUGCCAUCCGUUCAAGACCAUCUUCCGCUGAGAUUACGGCAACAGAGAAACCAAUCUCCAAGCCCACGCGCUCAGCCAGGUGCGGUUCUGAACAUACAACCCGCGAUUCGUCUUUUUGUCAAUCUCAUUUUCGAGCAGCGAGGUCACGGAAAUCGAGUGCAGAGCUAGACGACAUUGAUAACCUUCCUUCUUCAAGGCCAAUCUCCCUAAGUUCAUUCGCUGUUCGAACACAUAGUCGGAACAAAGGGUCAAAAUCGUGGGUACCAUUCAGUCUCGAAGACCUAGACGAAGAUUCAGACGAAAUGGAUCGUCGACAUCCAAACCAUGGCGCAAGGCUACCUGCUCCAGUUUUUACUCCUAGCGCAACUGGUGUUAGCCAUCCGCUCAGGAAUGUUACAACAAUCGAUCCGAGGUCGAAUAUGUUUGGCUUCCAUGGGAUCUCGCCCCAGCGUGCUCCUCAAUGGCCUCAAGGAAUACGACAACAGCCGCACCUAGGCCAGAAAGAAACAUUCGGAUACCCUCAACAGAAUUUGGGUACUAACCUCCCUCACCAGAACCCUCGACCUACAAUCGUGCCUCCUACAACCAAUGCCACUCCAGGAACUGGUCCACGCAUAAUGGUUCCUGACGAUAUCAGUCCUACCAAACAGGAAGAAAAGCAGGCAUUGAGAGCUUUACAAUAUAGUAUGGUGGCACAAAUAUAUCUCGAAACAGGAAACUACCCGCAAGGAUCUACUGGUAAUCCAAAUAGUCAAGCGCAAAAUAUGUGUCAUCCAAAUUGUAGAAGAUGUGCUGGGUACCAUGGCCAGAUGACCGGUCAUAUCGAUCAGGACCGUUCGUUGAAACCACCUCCCAUGAAUCGUGAGCCAGGUAAUACCUAUUAUUCUGGAUUCGGCCCUGGCCAGGUACAACCUUCUUGGGUUCCUAAUAUGUUUUCAGAAGCUGUAACUUCUUGUGCUACAGCAGAAUCAUGCCAGGACACUGAUAACACAAAAAGUGCCUCAGUUUCACUUUCAAGCCAGUUACCCUUAUCUCUAAAGCCUCAUGCUUCUCAUCAAACUAAUGUCGGCACCUCGCCUCAACGCAUCAAUUCGGAUCAACCAUCCAACCCCAAGCUACACGACGCUGCGAAAUAUUUGAAUAAUGCCAUAACGACUUCCCAAACUACGACUGAAAACAAUCGCGAUCAAGAAUUUCAAAUCGAGUGCAAAGAUUACGUGGGCGAAAUCCAUUCUACACCCCUAACCGCAAAUCCACUAAAAUCCUCCCGCAAAGCUCUCCAACAAGAUCCAUCCCUAGCUAAGAAUGUGGCAACUCCACAAGCUCAACGUACACCCAACAAUGGGCAAAUACAGGGAGGUUUGCCAGACCCCAGCCGUAUAUCAACCUCCAUGCCCUUAACAUAUGCUUCUUCCGACCGUCCAACGAGCUCACGGUUCAAGUUCAAGUUUCCCCCACCCGGGCUACCAAUUCCACCAAGCAUUCAAGGAGGUUUGGUUGAUAAACACGCCGGGAAAGGGACUCCUAUCUCGAGACUCGUUCGGUCUAACAUCUGGUUCCACACAGAUGCUCGAGGUGAGGAUAAGCUUCGUCAGCGUAUAAUUGAAAUUGCGCGAGAUGAGGCGGAACGUCAACGGACUACAAGGAUGCCACUUCGGCCUGGCGAGCGGGAAGGGGUGGCUGAAGCCGGAACUGUUUUAUUGGGGCAAGCUCUCGUCAAUCUGCAGUUAUAUACCCUGAAUGGCUCUAACCAAACCAAAGGCUUUGCGAACUUUGGGCCUGCACCACAGUUUUGCUAUGAACCUAUACAUAGUAGUCGCAAAAGUUUUCUUGACCUAGAUCCUAUAACUGAUCCUUGGAAAUUGCCCCCGCCCCGCCAUCCUUUGUCUAAAAAUCCGCUCGUUGCGUAUGAAGAGAGCAAUGGAACCGUAGAGAGAGGGUAAAGGUCUCUAGGGGAACAUGUAGAAGGCGUGAGACCGUGGCCUUCUUGGAGUUAGUAGCAAGCACCGUUAUUGUUGUUUGGAAAAUUGUCUUUCUUCUUGCUUUGUCUCUGGGGUUUACAUUUGGCAACAAUGCGGCGUGCAGUGCUUUCUCUAAAGAAUAGGAUUUCUUAUUUUCCCUUGCUUCAAAGCGACAAUAAAUUUGCCUUCAACUGGGCGUACGGACUGGGUGCAGAGGGCUGUUAAUGAUGAAUAGGGAUGUUUUCAUUCUCUUUUUUUCUUUUCUUCUUCUCUCUCUCUCUCUUUUUUUUUUUUUUUUUUUUUUUUUUUUUUUUUUUUUUUUUUUUUUCCCUUCUCUUUACCCUUUUCUUGUAUUGCAAUUGGUCAGGCAUGCAUUAGGGAAUAGGACUGGAAGGGGAUAUUCAUGCACACAUCGGACAGCACAGCACGGGAUACACUGGUUUUGCAGCUUCUAGCAAUAGAUUUUGAUCGAGAUAUUCCUCAAAACAUCCCUGAUAUUGUUGUUUACAAUUUUCUAGUACUCCCCAUCAGUUUCUACCUUUUCACUUACUACUUACCUCUUCUCUAGCUUCAUUGAUCACAAUUUUCGUUCUUCAUCCCGCUUUUGUUUUACCAUUUGGCUUUCCUAUUACCACUAGCUACAAAUGAAGGGAACUAAAGAUUCGACCUCGAUGUCAUGAUGGGCAGAGAGCAUUCAGCGACCCUUAGACGAGCUCGGUGAUGGAUUGAAC